AUGCCGCUCAUCAACGGUCAGAAGAUGGCCUGCGAGCCAUGUAUCCGUGGCCAUCGUUCCACCAAAUGCACGCACGCAAACGAGCGCCUCAUGGUACCUGUGCGGAAACCCGGCAGGCCUCUCAGCACAUGCCCACACCCGCCGAGUCGUGGCUGCGGCUGUGGUAGUGUGACGGCCGCCAUCCCGAGGAAGCAGAAGUGUAACUGCGGCCCGUCGACGCCCGCUGACUCCGACAUUAUCAAAGUCGAGUCUCCCGUCAGCGAGGCCGUUCCUACAUCGCCAGCUCGGUCCUCCACCGUGUCGAGUGCAUCGUACCGAGUCCAGAAGCAAAGCAGCAAACCCAACAGCCGAAAACAGUCUUUCGGACCCGCCACACUGGACCGCAUCGACAGCAGUCAGUUCAACAUUAUCCCGACCUUUGACGCAGCUCAGACGAUACCACCACACCUAAACGGCGGCAUGGAUGCCAUGGGAAUGCCAACGCCCAGGCCCAGCAUGGAGUACGGCCAAAUGCCCAUGAUGGGACCUGAUGGAAUCUUGCAGAGUCAUAUGGUGUUCCCCAUGUAUCAAACUCCCAUGCCACCCAUCAUGCUGCCGCCAGACGUCCAAAAGCAGUCCGGAGGGGCGACCAUGGCCGCGCCGAAGCCUCCUACCGCCAGCUCGGCAAUAGACAGCCCGAAGAAUGGCGGAGGCGGUUCCUGUUGCUCAGGAGGCGCCAAGAGCGCCAAAACGACUCCGCCAGCCAGCACCGAAUCCAGCCCAAAGGUCGCCCCGAAACCCACCACGGGCAGCUGCUGCUCGUCGAAGAACAAGAGCCCGCCCCCGACGACGAAUGGGACUCUCAACGGAACGCCGCUACCGCCUAUCAACGGAGUGGCCAUGCCGCCAUUCCAGCCGCCCCCGGCCCUGGCGUCGCAGGUGUUCCAGCAGUACUACCCCCAGCCGACGCUCUUCCACUACCCAGCCAGCUACGGCUCCUACAUGACGCCACUCCAGCCCGCUCAGUGGCGGCAGACGAUGCAAGCGUUGCAGUACCGACAGGCUCUGCCUGCGAAUGGGUCGUACGACAUGUCGACGCCGAUGGUCUACGGUCAGAAUGCUUCGCCAGUAAGCGGCAUGGGGACAUUGCAUGAAUGCACAUGCGGCGACGGCUGCCAGUGUGUCGGCUGCGCAGCUCACCCAUACAACAACGCAACGCAGGAUUACGUCCGCUCAGCCUGGCAGAGCAUGGUGGAGGACUCCUACCAUCAUUCCAACGGCCAUGGGCUGCACGUUGCGAAUGGCAACGACGGGGCCAGCGGAGCCAACGGAACCAACGGGCACGCUGACGGGGUUCACGGCGCCUCAGACCUCCCUCAGUCUCGGGAUGGCGAGGUGAGCGGAUCGGCUACGGCCCCACAGACGCCUUCUGAUGCGACGUCUGGCGUGGGCGAGGAGCUCUCCGCCAAUGACUUCUUCUUCGUCAACUAUCCAUUCGGUGGGGAUUCCUGCUCGGGAGAGACAGCCUUCUGUCCUUGUGGUGAUGACUGCCAGUGCUUGGGUUGUUCGAUACACAACAACACGACGGUCCCGGUGCCGGAGGCAUAA